AGAGAAGAAUACGAGGUCUGAGUGCUUCAGAUGUUCGCAUAGGACAUUUUCUCCACCGCAACUGAGCUAAUGUUAGCUGCCGCGAGCGGAACAUCGAGAGAGGAUCCUGCGGACUUCGGACGAACGCGGUGCUAGUAUGCAGCUCAAAAAUGUUCCCGAGUAAUCGGAUGACAACACUCCGAGAAAUCGAAGGAAAACUUUCGAGUUCGCUUUACACGGUGGGAUUGCAAUAAGAGGUCGUGUGGCUAACUAGGGGUCCCUCCUGCGCACCGGUGAAGGCCGGUGUCAAACGACCGAGCAGUGGCUGUUAAAAUGACUUGCAUCCCGCUGAUGCUGACACACGUGCAGAUGAACUGCAUCGAUUGAAAGCCAUUGUGACUGCGUCGGUUCACCCGGAGCUCAUCUAUAACCUGGGGUCGACUGCAAAGGAAGGCGCAGUGACUCGUUCAUGAGGCGUGUUUGGGUCCUGCGUACUCGAGCUCCACAGUCCCACACAGGGAGAGCUGAAUCUGUGCUGCGCCGCUCCAUUUAUUCGCCUAUACGCUCUUUUCAUGUAUGGAUGGACGUGUGCAUGCUUUGACAGAGUGCUGCGUGCAUCGUUGCAGUUGGCACAGCGAAUCCCAAGGAGGGGCUGUCACUUUAGGAAAUAUAGCUAAAUUGGAUCCAUUUAAGCGUUAAUUUUGCGGAGGCUCCCUAAGAACAUUGCGUAAGUUUGCAGCGUACGCUACGUCUUUUUGAAGGCACACAAAAAAAUCGGGUGACUUUGCAGUCUCUCCCCUCUUUUUCUCUCUCUCUCGGAAAAAUAUAACGUAUCUCCUCUCGGUUAUUGCGUCUGUCGUAAGGAAGGGAAGGUGGAGCAUUGUCCGUCUUACGUGCUGACGCAGUGGGAUUUCUACGUGUGGUCGGCGUUUCGCCCCGCCCUUCCCGCGGUGACGGUGAUGGGUCGGAAGCGGUGUGUCGGUGCAGAUUGUUCGAAGAUGGCGGCCGGGUGCUGCGGGGUGAAGAAGCAGAAGUUGUCGGGAUCCCCCGGGGCGGGGGGUCCCGGCGGGACGGGGAACGGGGUUGCCGGGACCGGACAUUGUGGAUCGGAAUUGGGGAUCGGGUCCUCGUCGACCGUCAUGGCCGGUAACGUGAACCGAGUGAACGGCCUGGGGGGUCCGGGUUGUAGCAGCAGCAACAACACCAAUGCUCUGUCCCCAACUCCGGGAGGCUAUAACUCAACCGGCCUCUCCCCGAACCUCAGUCCCGGCCCGGGAAAUGGAACCAGGAAAAUGGUCGUUUCGGCGGAGAUGUGUUGCUUCUGCUUCGACGUGCUUUAUUGCCAUCUAUACGGAUACCAGCCUCCUCGAACACCCAGGUUUACAAACGACCCGUACCCACUGUUUGUCACAUGGAAGAUUGGCCGGGACAAGCGGUUGAGGGGUUGUAUAGGUACAUUUUCUGCCAUGAACCUGCACUCAGGACUCAGGGAGUACACUCUUACCAGUGCCCUUAAAGACAGCCGCUUUCCCCCCAUGACGAGGGACGAGCUGCCCCGCCUCUUCUGCUCAGUGUCUCUGCUCACCAACUUUGAAGAUGUUGGUGAUUACCUAGACUGGGAGGUGGGUGUUCAUGGCAUUAGAAUAGAAUUUUUUAAUGAAAAAGGAUCAAAGCGCACCGCCACCUACCUGCCAGAGGUUGCGAAGGAGCAAGGAUGGGACCACAUUCAGACCAUAGAUUCCUUACUUCGAAAGGGAGGUUACAAAGCUCCCAUCACAAAUGACUUCAGGAAGACUAUUAAAUUGACCAGGUACCGUAGUGAAAAGUUGACGAUGAGCUACGCAGAAUAUAUCGCCCAUCGGCAGCACCAUCACUACCAGAAUGGCAUCGGGCACCCUCUCCCUCCUUACAACCAUUAUUCCUGACAGCGAGCCGCAUGAUCAGUCACUGGACCUCUCCGCGGACCUCUUCCCGGGAGAGCCCGCCCCCUCGUGGUCUAGCUAUCUCUACUACUGUACCAUUUUAUGAUGAUAGUUUCCGUUGCCAUGUCGACAACCAGAUGGCGGCAUGGCAGCGGGUGGCAAAUAAGUGAUUAUGAAACGAAAAAAAAAAAAAUACAAUUCAUUUAUUUUUAUUCUUUGUAUUAAUUUCAUUUUGCAGCAUAUAUAUAUAUAUAUAUAUAUAUA